GCAGACAGCUCGCCGAGCGCUUUGUACGGCUCCGGGAGCUCCGAGCGGACUCCAGAAAGCCUGAAAGGCCAUCAUGGCAGCGAAGCCCAAACUCCACUAUCCUAACGGAAGAGGCCGGAUGGAAUCCGUAAGAUGGGUUUUAGCUGCCGCUGGAGUCGAGUUUGAUGAAGACUUCUUAGAAACAAAAGAACAGUUACAGAAGUUGCAGGAUGGAAAUCACCUGCUGUUCCAACAAGUGCCAAUGGUUGAAAUUGACGGAAUGAAGUUGGUGCAGACCCGAAGCAUCCUCCACUACAUAGCGGAUAAGCACCACCUCUUUGGCAAGGACCUCAAGGAGAGAACCCUGAUUGACAUGUACGUGGAGGGGACGCUAGAUCUGCUGGAACUGAUUAUCAUGCAUCCUUUUCUAAAACCAGAUGAUCAACAAAAGGAAGUGGUUAACAUGGCCCAGAAGGCUAUAAUUAGAUACUUUCCUGUGUUUGAAAAGGUUUUAAGGGAUCAUGGGCAAAGGUUUCUCGUUGGUAACCAGCUGAGCCUUGCGGACGUGAUUCUACUCCAAACCAUUUUGGCUCUAGAAGAGAAAAUCCCCAAUAUCCUGUCUGCAUUUCCUCAUCUCCAGGAGUUCACAGUGAAAAUAAGUAAUAUCCCAACAAUUAAGAAAUUCCUGGAACCUGGCAGCAAGAAGAAGCCUCCUCCGGAUGACAUCUACGUGAGAACCGUCUACAACAUCUUUAUGCCAUAAAGCAUCACAUCCAUCUGUGAGUGAGAGUUAGCCUCUAGAGCUUGCUGUGUCCACAGUCCAUCUUAAUUGAUGCCCUGAUCCCAGCUCUGUCAUGGUGCUAUGUAGAACUGUUCCUUAGGUGGGUCUUUCAUGCCAAGAUCUUUUCUAGAAACAUUCAUUGAUCUUUUGGUUUGUCCAGUGAAUAAUUGUUAAUGCAACUUUUUCCUGAAAGCCCUUUCAGAGAGACUGGCAUUUCAGUUAGAUCUGAUGUGGUGACUCAUUUCCUGACAACCAGGCUGGGCAGGACCUUGUGUUCUCUCUUGAGCUUCUUCCCCCCCUCUCCUUAUCCCUUUCUAAAAGCCCUCUGGUCUCUUCCUAAUUUUUGGUGUUAAUAACAACAGAAUAUCUAGUGAAUAAUUCCUCUCAGCUAUAAUAAAUCUGUGGUGGUAAUGAAGGCAGUCAAUAUUAGCCAAAAUAAAGAAUUUACAAAUCAUUGCCCUGUUGCCAGAAUUUUUUUGGAUUACAUUUCUUGGUAUCUAUAACUAUUCCCAUGGUUCAGAAAUCAAAAGAGCGUAAGAGGGUAUAGAGUUGGAAGUGCUCUUUUCGGCCUUGGCCCCCAGCUACUCGGUUUCCACAGGCAAACGUAGUUAUCAUUUGUAUAUCCCUCCAGUUGUAUUUGAUGCAUGUAUAAGAAAAUUAUAUAUAUAUAUAUAAUAAAAAAAGUAAUAUAUA